AUGCAGACUUCCACGCUAGGCCCGACGCGUGGCUCUCUUGGUGGAACUGCACAGCUGCCCACGAAGACAGAUGGCAAGGCAGGCGAUUGGUGGAUCCUCGGAUCCACGAAUUACACAGUUGUUGAUCCAACAAGGCCAAAGACUUCAAAGACGCCUGUAAGAAGGCUUGAGAAAUAUGACGAACAAGCAAGAAAUGUCGCGCCAGAGAGCGUCUCGGGUUGGCUCGCUACCAGCCCGCGGUCCAGAGUGCUUGACUUUCCAGAUCGGUGGCCAUCCAGCAAUAUGCGAAGCAGAAGACGUAGCACUGAUGGAGAGCAAGGGAUUGAGUAUUCGCGAAGCUUGCGGGGGGGCUUGAAAGAAGCAGAAAGUGCGGCUUAUGGUGGACGAAUGGGAAGUUCACUGCUUUCUGCUAGUCAGCCUGUUGGCCGUCCCGCUAGUAUUCGGAGUCAACGCACUAUCAUGGGCAUUCCGCCUGUAAAGGGCUCUUUUCACGUUCCGGAGAAUUUUCGUCACCAGAGAUCUAGUUCAGUUGCGGGCUCUCGUGGAAGUCUUCCUUCCUUUAAGGAUCUCGUGAGGAAAAUGCAGGAAGAUGCGGAGCGUCGGCGGUUGGGCGAACUCAGCAUAUUUACUCCACUUAGGCAGGGCACCACAAGAGGGGUGAAUUCGAAUUUCGAGCAGGUGCUAAGUCUUGGGAGCGGCUCAAGCGGUGACCGUAAGGAUGAGAUGAACAGGCAAAGCAACAGCGGCAAUGGCGCCUUCAGAGCUCCAGGUGGGAGAGGAAGCUCCAUCGAUGCUCUUUACCGGGAUUUUGCAAGAGAACGACUGAAGAGGAGCUUCACCCGUUUAUCCUCCGCUAUGAGCUCUUCAGUUUCCCGUGGGCAAAUGGAUGAGUCCGGAAAUGAUGCGGAUAUCUUGGACACUUCUCCUGCCGGCGCUGGCAAAAGAGCAAUUACUGCAUUGAGGCAACUUGAGCAGAGUUCCCGUCUAAUACACACGCAGUUGCGGAGCUUGCAACGUGCGACUGAAACUUGGGAUAAAAUGGCGUCUCUGAUGGAGCCUGAGUUGGGAAAGGGAGCAAACCAGGGCCUGAUAGCGGGAACAAGUUUUUUCGACGGACAUUUUGGCACUGGUAGUUGGCAAUUGUUUGAGCAGGAUCCAGUAGUGCCUCACGCUGCUAUGACUGACGUUCAGCGUGAGGAGGCGGAGCGAGCAGCAAAAGCUGCAAGUCAACAGCGCGAGUCACAGAUGAACGCUCUUCGGCAGCUACUGGAACACGUAGAGAAAGCUUGUGAAAGCCAGGAGCUCUUCAGGAAAUCUUCUGCAGUUUGUUUUGCCCUGGACACAUAUGAUACUGUCGCGGAGAUCUGGUCGAGCUGUGCUCCAUUAACGCCGCUGAUCGCGCCUGUGGCACUUGCAUCUCUUGUUUGUGUUUUGGCCUACGAAUUUUGUGCCAUAGGGUCUACAGAAUUGGCAGCCCAGAGUCUGGCCAGCCUUUUGGUUCAUGCAGGCUUCGAAAAAGUUGACGCAAAAUUUCAGGAGCGAAACUUACGUUUUUCGCUCCUUUAUGAAUCAAUGCUUGAAAAUAAAAAUCUCAUAGAGAGAAUUGCCGUGAAGAUAAUUGCACUCGUACUUGACCAUGACACUCCCAGAGCAAGCCGUCAAACUGCUUCGCAGCUUCAGGUGCCGAAGUAUGAGCAUUUGGGCCUGCCAGGGAUGAUGAUCAAGGAAACGAUGUUUGGUGACUCAUCUUUGAGCGCGUCAGCUCACUCCGAAAUGCCUCCGGUGACGACUGUGGCUCAACAGGCGAUUUUGGCUAUCCAUGAGGCUGGAGGCCAACGGGGAGACCCCGUGUUUCUAGAGCGCGAAGCAGAACAAGAGAGGGACAGGAGAAUGUCCAGCAAGAGCCGGAUUCUGCUGCGGAAACUAGGCUUUGUAAUUAUGGAGCUUCGCAUACACAUGAACAAGUUGCUUGCGUGCUGCAUAGCAAUGAGUGAGCUUGGAUGCACACGUAGGGCUUGGGAAUGCAUCAGUGAGUUUAAGUCGCGAGCGAGAGAAAUUUUGAGCCAGCCAGCCAGCAAUGAUGGGUCAACAGCAGACUGA